AUGCAGUUCUGUCUGUCAUCUGGUUUACGCCUUACUCCAUAUAUCGCUGUACUAGUCGCAGCUCGCGUCGCCGUCUCUCAGCCUUUAGGAGGUCAUGAUGGUGUUUCCUUGUUAGAGAUACCAAAGACAGCACUCGGUGCAUCGAUCGAACACGAUCCCUCGUUCGCAUCUUUCUCAUUCGAGCCUGCAUUCUGGGUGGAAUUNUUUGGCAACUCCAGCUCUCCCAAUGAACUCGCCUUCAACCUGCUGAAUCGCAUCGUUGCUCAUGGUGGACAACCGACGAUUCGACCUGGUGGCAUUACCAUGGACUCCAUGAUCUUUAAUGCCUCAGCCGGUGAUCCAGUCCGUACUACGAAUCCUAAGGGUGGUGUUUACCGUACAACUGUUGGUCCUGCCUACUACGAAAGCUGGUCGAACUUUCCUGAGGGCACCAAAUUUAUCUCCACGCUAAACUUUGGCAACGAUUCGCUUGAUAUCGCUAGGGAUCUGGCAGUUGCCUCUGUCAAAUAUGCACGUAACGACAGCAUCGGCGCCUUCGAACUUGGCAACGAGCCUACAAACUACCCUAGCUCGAGAUGGAAGAACAGCACAGAAGCUUACGUUCAACAAUGGAAAAACUGGACAGCUCAGAUCGAUGCAGCCGUCAACAUGACAUCAGGUGCAGAUGCUGCAGUCGAGUUUGGCAGUGAGCGCUGGUGGGCUUCAUCCGCGACGACAGACCAGAGUGGGCUCGAAGUCCGACCCGCUGCGCUUAUACCUGCUGGCAUUGACUCCAGAAAUCAGGUGGCCGACUAUUCCAUACACUCAUACCCAUUUUCUACCUGCGAUCCAGUCCGAGCAGUGCUAGCGACUACACAAAAUAUCCUGAAUCAAACCGAACUGGCAUAUUAUGCCGAUUCGGAAAUCUAUCCCUCGGCCAAAGCUGCACUGGAUGCUGGCAAUCGCUGGAUCAUUGGUGAGUUCAACUCCAUCUCGUGUUCUGGCAACCCGAAUGUCUCGGACACUUUUGCACAGGCUCUGUGGGUGAUUCAGAGUGAAUUGAUCUAUGCUGUACGAAAUGCCUCAGCUGUAUAUCUCCACCAGGGAGCAGCGCUGGUGUUUCAAAGUAGCCAGCAAGUGAACUCGGCAGGUCAAGAUGGAUCGCCAGGUUAUUCGACAUAUGACAUGUUUUAUCCUCAAGACAGCGAGAAGCGAGGUCCUGCAAGGGUUCUGCCUAGCUUCUCCAGUCAACUCUUCAUGGCCGAAGCAUUUGCCAUCCCCGAGACCCGCGUUCGCCAGCUCGAAACACCUUCAGGCAUUGACAAGGACUAUUUCUCUGCAUAUGCUUUCUAUGUCAAUGAUAGACUCAACAAAUUGGCCAUCAUCAACUCGAAGCCAUACUAUGCCAAUUCGACGAGCGACUUUACGGUAACGCUGGAUAUCUCAAAAUAUGGGAAAUCGAAGAAGGGAGCCCGUGCGUGGUUAAAGAGGUUGACUGCUCCUUAUGUCAACGAAGGCAACGCAAACAUGACUACUUGGGCAGCCCAGUCAUUCUCUGAGGGCCAUGAGACAGGAGACCUCCUUGUCGAGACAGUAGGGCGCGACGGUCUGGUGCACGUGAGGGGAAGUGAGGCAGUACUCGUCUUCUUUGACAAGCGAGAUGCAAAUAUGGAUGCAUGCUAG